AAAAUCAUUUUCUCUUUUAGAUGGAACAGCUCUCAGAUGAAGAACUUGAUCAUGGUGCAGAAGAAGAUAGUGAUAAAGAAGAUCAGGACCUGGAUAAGAUGUUUGGGGCUUGGCUUGGAGAGUUGGAUAAACUCACACAGAGUUUGGAUACAGACAAGCCUAUGGAACCAGUUAAAAGAUCCCCUCUUCGCCAGGAUGCUAAUAUUGCCAACUUCUCUUAUCGUUUUUCCAUGUACAACCUGAAUGAAGCCUUGAACCAAGGUGAGACUGUAGAUCUUGAUGCUCUUAUGGCAGAUCUUUGUUCCAUAGAGCAGGAGCUCAGCAGCAUUGGAUCACAGUCUACCAACAGUGCAUCAAUGAAAUGUUUUCCCAUAGAAGGGAAAAUGACUCAGAAACCAUCAAGUGGUAGCCGACUCCCAUCCAAGCACAGUAGCAUGAAAGUGGUAUCUUCAUCUAGUCAAGUAACAAAGCCUUCACAUGCUGUCUUCUCCCUGGAUGACAUUACUGCGCAGUUAGAGAAAGCAUCUCUGAGUAUGGAUGAAGCAGCUCAGCAAUCUAUAAUUGAAGAUAGCAAACCUGUAGUUACUAUCCAGCAUAGGAGGACAGCAUCAGCCGGUACUGUGAGUGAUGCUGAAGUUCGUUCUAUCAGUAAUUCCUCCCGAUCUAGUAUCACAUCUGCAGCAUCCAGUAUGGACUCCCUGGACAUUGACAAGAUGACAACAAGACCUCAAGAGUUGGAUCUGACUUCACAGGGGCAGCCCAUCAGUGAGGAGGAACAGGCUGCUAAACUGAAGGCUGAAAAGAUCAGGGUUGCUUUAGAGAAGAUUAAAGAAGCACAAGUUAAAAAGCUUGUGAUAAGAGUCCACAUGUCUGAUGACAGCUCGAAGACAAUGAUGGUAGAUGAACGACAGACAGUAAGACAAGUGUUAGACAACUUGAUGGACAAAUCCCAUUGUGGAUUUAGCUUAGACUGGUCCUUGGUAGAAACAAUCUCUGAAUUACAAAUGGACAGAAUCUUUGAAGACCAUGAAAAUUUAGUUGAAAACCUCCUGAACUGGACAAGAGAUAGUCAAAACAAGCUCAUGUUUGUUGAACGUAUAGAAAAAUAUGCCCUUUUUAAAAAUCCCCAAAAUUAUCUUCUUGGGAAAAGAGAAACCUCUGAAAUGGCAGACCGGAACAAGGAAGUACUACUGGAGGAGUGUUUUUGUGGAAGCUCAGUAACAGUGCCAGAAAUCGAGGGAGUUCUGUGGCUAAAAGAUGAUGGUAAAAAAUCUUGGAAGAAGCGUUACUUUCUUCUGCGAGCUUCCGGAAUCUACUAUGUUCCAAAAGGAAAAGCAAAGGUCUCACGAGAUCUUGUGUGCUUUCUUCAAUUGGAUCACGUUAAUGUUUAUUAUGGACAAGAUUAUCGCAACAAGUACAAAGCUCCUACAGACUAUUGUCUGGUAUUAAAGCAUCCCCAAAUUCAGAAGAAAUCUCAAUAUAUUAAGUAUUUAUGUUGUGAUGAUAUCAGAACCCUUCAUCAGUGGAUAAAUGGCAUCCGUAUUGCUAAGUAUGGGAAGCAACUCUAUGUAAACUAUCAAGAAGCUCUGAAAAGGACAGAAUCAGCAUAUGAUUGGACAUCCCUGUCCAGUUCCAGUAUUAAGUCUGGAUCCAGCUCAUCUAGUUUGCCAGAAUCUCAGUCCAACCACUCAAAUCAAUCUGACAGUGGAGUUUCAGACACUCAAACAGGACAUGUCCGUUCCCAAAGUAUUGUUAGCUCCAUCUUUUCAGAAGCUUGGAAGAGGGGAACUCAGUUGGAAGAGUCUAGCAAGAUUAAUGCUCGAAUGGACUCAAUAAACCGACCCUUCACUUCACUUGUAUCGCCUUUAUCUCCACAAACUAAAACAGCUACUCCAUAUACAGCAUCACAACCAUCACCUCCCCUUCCACCUCCUCCCCCUCCGCCACCUCCCCCUCCUCCUCCUCCACCCCCACCUCCUCCCCCUCUUCCUGGUCAGUCUAUGUCAUCUGGAACCAGCUCAGCAACAGUGUUUGUGAAAUACAGCACUAUAACAAGACUACAGAAUGCCUCUCAGCAUGGGGGGCUUCUCUACAAAUCACCUAUCUCAAUACAGCAGCCACCAUCCCCACUCCCGCCUCCAGGAAAACCUCAGAAUUUAAUACCUCCUAAUGGUAUAAUCCCACCCCCGCCGCCUCCUCCUCCUCCCCCUACCCCAGGAUCAGCAAUGGCACAGCUCAUGAAACCUGUGCCUUCCAACCCAUCGGUACCACAGUUCACCCCACCACCUCCUCCUGCUCCCCCUCUCAAAAUUCAUCAAGUUCACCAGAACAUUGUUCAUUCUGCAACUUUGCCACCACCACCACCACCUUCAGUGCCAGCACCUCCACCUCCACAAGCUCCUCCUAAGCCUACUAUGACACUCCCUACACAAAAUAGUGCAAAAUCCAUCUCGGCAGUUGUGACACAUCCAGUGCCGCCACUUCCUGUUCCUUCAGCAGUAAAGAAGCAGCCAAGUUUCCCCACCCCACAAAUUCCAUUAUCUCCUGCCUCAUUAGGUCCGUCUCCUCCACCUACUCUGCCCAAGCAACAGAAUCAUUCUAGUAAGCUUCCUCCCUCUCCACUGUCUCCUGUGCCAUCCAUUGUGAAGCAGAUAGCCAGCCAGUUUCCGCCUCCUCCCAUGCCAGCUUCAGAGCCCCAGCCUUUAAAACCUGCCCCUCUGAGUGUACCACCUCAGUCUCCUCCAGCUGUAAAAGCCAAGCCAAAAUGGCAGCCAACCUCUGCUCCCUCUCCUGAUUUUCCUCCUCCACCCCCUGAAGGUAGCCUAGCAUUUCCUCCUCCACCUUCUCCUUCUUCCUCUCCAUUGAUAGUGUCCCCUACACCAGAUAAAUCAGGAGGUUCUCCAGUCAAAAAAGGUAGUAAGACUUCCAGUCCUGGAGGAAAAAAGCCACCUCCUACACCUCAGCGCAAUUCCAGUAUAAAAUCAAAUAGUUCAAUUGAGUCCAGUGAACCUAAGAGACCUUCAGUGGAUGUCUUAGUUAGCAAAUUUGCACAUCCCCCGGAGCCCUCCGGAUCUCCUGCCAAGGAAUCCCCAACUCCACCUGCAGCUCCUCCAAAGCCAGGAAAGCUCUGCCUGCCUAUUGUUCUUCAGCAGGCAGGUAUUUCAACAAAAGCACCAGCCACAGGAGCACUAGGAAAGGGUGCUGCUGAGGAAUUUCCUUCUCCUCCAUCAGAUUCAGACUUUCCCCCUCCACCACCUGAAAUCGAUCUUCCUUUACCUCCCGUAGAAAUUCCUGUUGUCUUUUCAGGCAAUACCUCGCCAAAGGUUGCUGUCGUCAAUCCCCAACCUCAGCCAUGGUCUAAGUCAUCUGGGAAGAAAGCUCCCCCUCCAACACGUCCCAAACGCAACGACAGCACCCGUCUCACACAAGCAGAAAUGGAGUCACAGGUCGUUGUCAGUGCACAAGUGCCCACCUCGCCCAAGUCUGGCCUUAGUGUUCAGCCUGGUUUUCUGGCGGAUUUGAAUAGAACUCUGCAGCGUAAGUCCAUCACUCGACAUAGCUCCCUCUCCUCUGCCCGGAUAUCCAGAGCUGAGCCAACUGCUACAAUGGAUGACAUGGCCUUGCCCCCGCCCCCACCAGAACUUCUGACAGACAAGCAGAAGACCAGCAGCUUUGGAGGUAGUCAUAUAUUAGGCUAUGCAACCUUACGGAGGGGCCCACCUCCAGCACCUCCAAAGAGGGAUCAAAACACCAAACUGUCUAGGGACUGGUGAUGUUUAGGAGACCCAGCAAACCCUAAGCGGGACACAUCUGGUACUGAGAUGCCUCAUCUUAAUAGCCGUGAUCUGAAGAAGUCUGUUUUAAUGGUAGCUGUGGGUAGUGACUGUGUUCACUUCCAGAAACAGUCCCUGAAGCUUUGCUGUUUGUGUUCUGUGUAUUGGGGUGAAGAAUGGGAUGAGUACUACUACAAAGUUCAAAUACUUCAUAAGGAUUGGACCAAAAUCUUUAACACUAUGUUUCCUGCUGUUCAGGAAAUAACUGUUGUCUGUCAGUGUGGGAAAUGUGGGUGCAUGUAUUAUAAAUGUAGGUAUAUAAUAUAUUGUGAAAUAUUUUGUUGGAAUUGUAGAGGCUCACCAGAAUGUUUUUGUACAUCUGUAUUUAUUUCAGUCAACUGAGGUUUUUAUCAGAAAUUGGAUGAUGUA